UGUUUGCAGGAUCGUCCAGGCGGCGCUGCAAAAAGAAAGGAAAGAAUAGGACGAAGACGAAGAAGAAGAGAGUAAAGGAAGAUGAUGAGCGCGCCGCCGACUCAUACGUUUCAUCACCACCCAUCAGCAGCAGCGAUGCCCACUGUGGCGUCGCAACCCUAUCAUCAGCCCGCCACUCUCGAAGAGGUUCGAACCCUUUGGAUUGGCGAUUUACAGUACUGGGUCGACGAGUCCUACCUCCAUUCCUGUUUUUCUCACACCGGAGAGGUGGUUUCAAUAAAGAUAAUACGUAACAAGAUCACUGGCCAGCCAGAGGGCUAUGGAUUUGUGGAAUUUGUUUCACAUGCAGCGGCUGAAAGGAUAUUGCAGACAUACAGUGGCACACAAAUGCCUGGAACGGAGCAAACUUUCAGACUAAAUUGGGCUUCCUUUGGCAUUGGAGAAAGACGUCCUGAUGGGCCUGAGCACUCUAUCUUUGUGGGCGAUUUAGCACCUGAUGUUACGGAUUACUUGUUGCAAGAAACAUUUCGAACUCACUACCCAUCGGUUAGAGGUGCCAAGGUUGUGACUGAUCCAAAUACAGGGCGCUCAAAAGGAUAUGGUUUCGUUAAGUUUGCCGAUGAAACAGAAAGAAAUCGUGCUAUGACUGAAAUGAAUGGUAUCUAUUGCUCAACAAGGCCAAUGCGAAUUAGUGCAGCAACACCAAAGAAGACCACUGUCCAACAGCAGUAUGCAACAACAAGAGCUAUAUAUCCACCUCCAGUUUAUAAUCCAGCAGUUCCGGCAGUUUCAAUUGAUAAUGAUAUUAACAACACUACAGUUUUUAUUGGUAACUUGGACCCCAGUAUCACAGAAGAGGAAUUGAAACAAAUAUUUCUGCAAUUUGGGGAAAUUAUCUAUGUGAAGAUUCCUACAACCAAAGGAUGUGGUUUUGUGCAAUUUGCUUCCAGGACAUCUGCUGAAGAAGCAAUUCAGAGGAUGCAGGGAACUGUGAUUGGUCAGCAAGUAGUCCGCCUUUCUUGGGGCAGGAGCCCAACAGCUAAACAGGAUGUACCUGGUGUUUGGGGCCAGCAAGUAGAUCCAAAUCAAUGGAGCAGUGCCUAUUAUGGUUAUGGACAAGGUUAUGAUGCAUAUGGUUAUGGGACCGCUCAUGAUCCUUCAUUAUAUUCCUAUGGUGCGUACUCUGGUUACUUGCAGUACCCUCAACAGGUUGAAGGUUCGCAAGACAUGGUAACAAUGGCUGGUGCUGUACCAGCUGCAGAACAGAGAGAGGAAUAUGAUCCCUUAGCUACACCCGAUGUUGACAAGUUAAAUGGCGCAUACCUUGCCGUCCAUGGAAGUGCCAUUCUGGGCCGGCCAAUGUGGCAGAGAACCUCAUCACUAUCACAAGCAUAGAGCCCUACACUAGCCUCCCUAUUUGUAUAUUGAUCUCCAUUCUUGGGGUUCUAUCGUACUAGCGAGAAGACUCUUCUAAGCACGAUAUGUUGAUAUGCAACAAAGAUCCUUGGCUCAUUGUUGGAGAUAAACUGCUUGGACUUGCUUGGAGGUUAAGUUUUGUAACAAAUUUUUCCAUUUCCAUAUUAUUGCAACCAUAUGAUUUGUAGUCUAAUAGGAGGCCCUUUUAAAUAGAUACCAAUUGUAACGCCUCACUUUUCAAAUAUGCAAUGAUGCUAAAUUCAAGUUAAUAUUCCAAA